AUGGCGUCGCCCAGCCCGCCAUUCUCGAACCUCCAGGACGCUAAAUCAGCCGCCACAACUCUACUGUGGCAGGUCUACCACCAGCGCCCGCGCUCCCAGCAAGCCAAAACCGUGGCCUACAUAGCCAUCGCAUGCCUGCUGUUUCUCUGGAUCCUAUUGUCGUCUUCAGCGCAAUCUGAGCCAGACUUCUGGACCAAAUUCCCUUCGCGCCCAUAUUUUCCUGAACGUCCCGAAGAUGCGCUGGUCGCUCUUCCUCGAAAGCCGGGCCUCACGGCCAAUGAGACCCUCCCCGUCGACCCGGAAAAGAACGUGUCGCACCUCCAUGUGCUCAUUCCGGCCACCAAGGGUUCCCGUGGAGCUUGCAGAACGAUGACAUCGGCGAUGAUCCUUGGCUACCCUCCCCCAACCCUUGUGGGAUAUGAUCAUGAAAAACCCGGAGCGACCGAGUUCGAGCGCACGGUGGAUCGAAUCACCCGCAUUCGGAACUACCUGAAGACAAGCCGGACCGUGAACGAUCGAGAUAUCGUAUUGAUUGUUGACGCUGUGGAUGUCUUCUUCCAGCUCCCUCCUCGAAUCCUAGUGGAACGCUUCCAAGACAUCCUGCGGACGAAUAACCGAAAGCUACAGAAAAAGUAUGGAUUCGCCACGGUGCAGAAUGCACAAGGUGCCCCUCUAGAACAGGUGCAGAAAUACUCCCAACAGGUUAUAUUCGGCGCCAGCAAGCUGUGCUACGGCGGACUGUUGUCCGAUCCCGGCUGUGUUUCCGUCCCAGAAUCCUCUCUGCCGCCGGAUGUGUAUGGCUGGAAGACGGAUGUUUACCCAGACGGGCAUUUGAACCGGCCCCGAUGGCUAAAUCCCGGGGCAGUGAUUGGUCAGGCUGCUGAUCUGAGACUCAUUUAUGACGAAGUCUUGCGCGUGAUGGAGCAACGCCACAAGAAGCACGGCGACUACCAGGCUCUCACGCAGAUUUUUGGCAAACAAGAGGUAGUCAGAGAGCUGGAGCGGCGUCGCACUGCCAACAGGCUCAAGGAGAGCCUCUACGAGAUGCUUGGUAUCUCGGAUGCUGUGAAUAUCACCGGAAUUAGUGUUCGACUGGAGGCUGGACACCGCUACGAAUAUGGCAUAGGCGUCGACUACGAGUCUCAGCUAUUUUUCAACCAAAUCCUCUCCCGGAACGAUGUCGAGUGGGUCAAAUUCAACAACAUCACGAAGACGUCGCUUCUGCAGGGUCAAUUCGGUGUGCCACGAGAACACCGUCUUCUUCUCCCCGAAGAUAUCGCGUCCCUCCCCAAUCCCUUCAACCAGACUCGCUUCGCCAAAGAGCAGACCACGUCGCCAGAAUGGAAUGCUACUCUCGACAAGCUGCCCAACCCAGACGAACACUCGUGGCACAAUGUCCCUCUCAUGACAAACCCCCAUUCCGCCUCUGUUCCCGUCCUCGCUCACCUCAACGGUGAUCCAAAAUUGCGCAAUGCCUGGUGGGAGCAAAUGUGGUUCUUCCCCUGGGCCCGAGCUUUACUCCGGCGAUAUGUCCGUUCCUCUCACGGGUUUGAUGCCGCGCAGUCGGCUCUCCUGGGAGGCCAGGACUGGUGGGAGAUGCGCGGUGGACGCGGUGGACUGUGGACGGACGAGGAGAACUGGGUCACACUUUCUGAGGUGUGCGAGGGACAGGAGCGAGAUCUCUUUGAUGACGACCUCGGACCUUGGGCCAAAGAGAACGGGGACCCGGAGGAUCCGGUCUACAACCGAUUUGGGAAUCUCAUCAGGGGCAAGGAGAGGGAAGAUGAGGUCCCUUUAAAACGCCAUGAGUCCUGA